AUGACCAAUUGUCGCUCAGUCUCACUGCCACAAGCUAUUUGCUCUCCAAAGUUGUUUGCUCGUCACACUCAGCUCACUCCAGAGAGCAGCAUUCAAAUCGCAGAUCACUGCGUCGGGUAUAAUAACUCAUUAUGUGUGAUAACAACCACCGCACCUAUUCGGAUUAUCACAGAACCGGUGGAAAUUACUCAGGCACCAGCGUCCAAAGCAGUUUCACUUAUUGCGAUCUCGCCUUACCACGCUUCUGAUGGCUUUUUGUAUCACUCAACUACAAAGAGUGAAACAGGCGUCAGUACGCGAACUCACGGAAAAUGUCACUUCAGACGACGUGUUGCCCGAAGUCAAUACAACAAACGACGUACUAAUAGCUCUUCCAUACGAGAUACGGAUGUAUGUGAAAACACAUCAUUAAAAUCAAAAUCAAAUUGCGCUGAGCCACCUAAAACCUGUGUGAAGUCAAAUUCCACAUGUUUUAGUCGUAUCGAAAAUGCAAAGGAUAAACUCAUUCGAAACAGUGCUAGCAAAGGAUGUGAUACACGCCGAGCAGUUUCUGUUGACCUCUAUCUUAAGCGCACACAUGCUUCACCGCAUGGCUUUGAGCAAUCAAACGCCAUACUAACGUCAGAGGACCAAAAGUCUUACGGAUCUGAACCGUAUCGACAUAUCGAUCACAUGACAUUUUUAAAACGUAUAAUAUCCACACCACUGAUCAGUCAAAUGCCGAAUCAAACUAUGACAGACGAUGCAAAAGUAGAUACUGUACCACACAUAAAACAACCGCGAUCUCGUUCACACCACCAAUUAAUGUUAACGUCCAUCGCUCGACAAACGGCGGAAGUAACUGAUUCCAGCUCUACUGGAAUAGCAGCUGUAAAAUGUCUUCCAGUUGCUCCAAAUGGCUGUAUCACUGAUCGUUCAAACUUUGAAGACACCUCCCCGGACCCAUGGUACCAUAGGUAUUAUACAGUGUCGACACAUUCAGAUCGAUGUACAAGGAAAAUGCUGAGAUCUCCAAUCAGCGUUCUUGCGAACUGUAAAGGGAAACUACGGAUAAACAUUGAAUGUCACAAGGAUAACAUUCGUUUGGAUGUUAUUGAAGCAAAGGGACUACGGUCUACCGCCGCACCCAUAUGUCACUCGUUUGUGAUGAUCGAACUAAUGCCAGACAAAAAUCACUUAUUUGCUCAGAAAACCCCGGUCGUUGAGAACACUUGCAACCCAGUGUUCAACAAAACUGUUACCUUGGAUUUGUACAAAAUAAAGCAUUGCCGGCGUAUUAUCAUUUCAGUCUACCGUGUGUCAAACCAAGGUGACCUGGAGAAAGAAUUCCUCGGUGGAAUGUCAUUUGGCGUAUCGGGAAUUUUCGCCAGAAAGCAGAUAUCUGGUUGGUAUUUUCUACUCAAUGAAACAAUGGCUAGAAAAAAGCACCUUAAGGCCGCUGUCGAAACAACAAUGACAAUAAAAUCUACACAAGUUGAUGUUGUGGACGCGGUCCAGAGUAGCCCAGUGAAACAUAUCACGAAUGUUACAACCAACACCCCCUCAGCAUCAGUCAACUUGCCUGUUUUAGACAAGUGCGUACCAAACAUUCAACAUUCAAUACCUGUCAGCAUACCCUUCAAAGACGUGCAAAGCAAAUCGCAAUUUCCGACCCUGGCAGCAAGUCUGUCUCCUGCAAAAACUGGUUCAGUUGCCAUCAGCGCUGGUUCCAUGCAACAAAACACCUUUAUUCCAGCGAAUUCUUAUCCCCCUGUGCAAAAUAUGCAGUUUCAUCAGUUUUUGCUUUCACGUGGUUCAAGAGGUUUUGGAUUCACAUUGGUGGGUUGUUCUCCUGUGUACGUCAGCCACGUUGAGCAACAGUCUCCAGCCCAUUUAGGAGGUAUCCAAGCCGGUGAUCUCAUAAUCGCAAUCAAUCAUCUCAAUGUUUCCGGAAUGAAUGCAGACAGUGUGGUGAAAAUGUUUAGAACAGCUCAGCAUCCCCUCUAUGUCACAGUGGGUCGAAUUUCCACGUUUCCUAUCAGAAUGCCUCCAGUCACAAGAAAUGGAAGUGCUAGUAGAUCCCUGACACAACUUUUCUCCAAGAGCUGCUUCUCUCAGCCAAAGAAAACACACAACUCAUGUGCCGCCCAGCCUCUUAGUAAAGGAGAUACGGCUGCACGAAGCAGCAACCAAGAGCGGUAUUCGUUUAUCCUCACAACCCCGGUGUCACCUCAGCCAGAUUACAACUUUCAGUACAUGACAAGUGGUACACCGUCCAACCUACAACGCCAUUCAAACUUAUCAAGCUCUCAAUCAUCCUACCAGUUGACCACAGGUGCUGAAGCAAUAGCAUCUCAUUUCAGCACUUCUCUAAUGGAUGGUCGACUAUGCGAUGCUAACGGGACUAUAAAAUGUACUACAUCCAACUCACCAACAAAUUCUAUUUUGCUCGGACCACAAAAUAUCCCGCCAAUGAACCCGCUGGGUCAGAAGCCUUGUUCAUCAUUCAAACCAGCUGAACCAUGGCCAUUCUCCUCACAGGCACAACCAGUAAACUCAAAGGAUGCGAGGCUUAUAACUCUUCCACUUUUGGAUACCUGCAAUGCAGAUAACAAAUUCAUGAUGAAUUCAAAGAUUCCUUUAGGAAUCUCCUGGCUGGAUAAUAGCAUAAGUACUGUGGAAAAUCUGAAAUACCUCAAUCAUAUAAAACACGUGGACUUUCGUGUUCACUCACCGCGUUUGGAGCAUUACGGUUGUUUAAAUUUGCUGGAGUGCAACACAUGCUCAAAGGUCGAUUUACUGAUGUUCCCUGACUUACUACUGAUUGCUCAAAAAGCCCCAAAUCGCUUCUUCACAGUGAUUAAAGACCCUAUUUACAACUCGAAGAUGUGUUACGUUAAUAUACCGCCAUAUGCAUCAGAUCAGCUUAUCCUGCAAUACAUCGAUGACGAUAAUAGGAAGCAAAUUGUUCAUUUUCAAGGUUCCAAUGUGUAUGAAUGGCUGCUUCGCAUUCAAGCUCACAUGUUAUACAACGGAAACUGGUGGAUGAGCAACAUGUCCUGUGCACCCGGGAGAUUUUAACUAACAUGAACACAACGCCUGAGUACGAGUUACACAAACGACCUUUACCGAUUUCUCUUAUUCACAUUAGUUACCCUAAACUUCUUUUUUGGUGUCUAAAUGCGGUGCCGACCAAUGGUCUCUUUUUAGAUUGCCCCUAUGUUUCUCCCUAUUCUUUUGGCUGAUCUAGAUUGUAUUGUGCAAGUAAAUACAAAUUUUUAUAUUGAA